AUGUUUGAAUUGGCCGAGUUUACAGAGGGAGUCAUAAGCACAAAAAUCCACGACUCCUGUGUGGAAAAACAGUUUCUAACAGUGGCAGCCAUGUUGAAAAAGUUGAAGAUUGAAGCGGAAGAUUUCCCUGAUAUGAGUGAAACAACCUUUUGGUGUGCCAUUCGAAAAUUGGGCUUCAGAUACAAAAAGUUCAGGAAAAAACCUGUGCUGAUGGAAAAUAACCAAGUAGUACGAAAAAGAAGAAAAUCUGUGUUUGGUCAACGACCCAUGGUCCAAAUAUCUGAUGGAAAAAUAAGAGGAAUUUAUGACUUUGCCUAUUAUGGAAGGCAGUUUGCAGGCUUCAUUGGUAUUCCUUACGCUGAACCUCCACUUGGUCAACUUCGAUUCAAGGAACCUGUACCGGUGAAACCAUGGCAAGGCAUAUGGGAUGCAUCACGGUUGAAGAUUAACUGUCUACAGCUUGAUGAUGAUAGGCAGAAAGUUGUUGGAGAAGAAGACUGCUUAUAUCUUAAUGUUUUUACAUCUCAGCUGCCAUCAGUAAAUUCUAUACAUCCAAAAUUGGAUGUAGUUAUCUUUUUCCACCCAGGUGCAUUCAUGUUUGGAGGUGGUGACUGGUAUGGACCACACUACAUAAUGGACCGCAGUGUAGUGUUGGUGACAGUAAAUUACAGGCUUAAUGUACUUGGAUUUUUAAGUACUUUAGAUGAGGUGCUUCCUGGCAACAAUGGGUUGAAAGAUCAGGUACUGGCAUUGAAGUGGGUUAAGAAGAAUAUAGCAGCAUUUGGAGGAAAUCCUGACAGUGUAACAAUUGCAGGGACAUCAGCAGGUGCAUCAAGUGUGCAAUAUCAUUUCCUGUCACCACUUUCAAAAGGUUUGUUUGUCAGAGGCAUAUCAACAAGUGGCACAACAUUGUGCGCUUGGGCAAAUGCAGAGGGAAUGAGAGAAAAAGCAUUCCGACUUGGAGCAGCAGUAGGUUGUGAUACUGAUUCAUCUACUAUGCUUAUUAGAUGCCUAAGGAAUCGACCUGCAGGUCAACUGGUUGAGAAGGUGCUCCUAUUUCAGGUACAGUAG